AUGCGGGCCGCGCCGCAGGAAGGGGCGGAGCGCGGCGGGGCGUUGGGCGGCCGCGCCGCGGAGAUGAGCGGGGCCGGGGCCGCGCUGCGCGGGUACGGAGCGGAGCUGCGGGACGGGCUGGCGGAGCUGCGCGCCCGGCGGGACGAGCUGAGCGGGCGGAUCCGGGAGCGGGAGGCGGAGCGGAGCCGGCUGCAGCGCCGCAUCUGGGCGCUCACCGAGCGGCUGGCGGGCACCAGCGAGAGCCUGGCCCGGGACCUGGCAGCCCGCGCGGAGCUGGACCGGACCAUAGCCGAGACAGAGGUGGCCUGCGGCCAGAUCCUGGAGAGUUCUCAGGCAUUGCUGGAUACCCUGGAGGAAGGACCUGGGAAUGCUGGUAAAGGCAGCGAGCAGCAAAGCACUUCAAAAGAAAAACAAGCACAUGAACAAAAGCGUUCCUAAACUCGUUCUUCAGCCCGGACAGCCCUGCUGGUCUGGGACAGCUCCUGCUCUGGUGCAAGGGUGCCACGUGUAAUAAAGGUCCUUGUCCUGACGACUUCCCUU